AGCGAGAUCCAGUGGCUGGACGUUUCCAACAACCGCCUCACCAUCCUGCCCGGCGAAGCGUUCCGUUCGGUGGGGCUCGUCAACCUGCACAAGGUGUACAUGCGCGAGUGCGACAUCGAGGAGCUGCACAAGGACGCGCUGAACGGGCUGGAGAUCCUCAUCGAGAUCGACCUGUCGGGCAACAAGAUCAAGACACUGCACCCGGGCGUGUUCAGCCACAACGGCCGCCUGCGCAUCAUCAUCCUCAACCGCAACCCCAUCCAGAAGGUGAUGAACCGCGUCUUCUCCAACCUCACCUUCCUGCAGACGGUGGAGAUGAACGACUGCCAGAUCGCGCACGUGGCCCACGAGGCCUUCGUCAAGGUGGGCAACCUGCAGACGCUGCGCCUGGCCGGCAACAACCUCACCAACAUGAAGCCCGACACGUUACGGCGCAUGGACCGCCUCAAGAGCCUGGAGCUGCACAACAACCCGUGGAACUGCGACUGUCACCUCAAGACCUUCUGGGACUGGAUCAUGGCGCAGAACUUGUACGCGCAGCCGACGGCGUGCCAGGACCCCGAGCCGCUGCGGGGCCGCCUGUGGUCCGACCUUACCGGCGACAGUCUGGCGUGCAAGCCCGAGGUGUGGCUGCACCCGGCGGACGGCCGGCUCAAGGUGGACGGCGGCGGCGACGCGACGCUGAGCUGCCGCGUGCAGGGCAACCCGGAGCCGACGGUGCACUGGGUGUACAAGUCGCGCAUCAUCGGCAACCACUCGCGGCGCAGCAUGAACGACCACCCGUACGUGGUGCGCGACGGGCAGGGGGCGGCGGGGGCGGGGCCGCGCUGGGUGAACCUCACCGUGGUGGAGGCGCGCUUCAGCGACGAAGGCGAGUACGCGUGCGUGGCGCGGAACCCCGGCGGCAUGGCCGAGGCCAAGACGAGACUGGAGGUGGUGGACUCCGGGUCGCGCGGGGUCGCCGGCGUGCUGGGCGGCACCAUCAGCGACGCGUGGCUGCUCAUCCUCGGCCUGGUCGUGGGGAUGGUGGUGCUCCUGGUGAUAGUGGUGGUGCUCGUGUGUUGCUAUUGUCGAACCAAAGACCCGCGGACCAACAACAACACCAAGAAGGCCAUGGGGGAGGGGGUUUCGUCGAACGGGGACCUGAGCUACCACUCGGGGCCCGGCUCCGAGCAGGAGAAGUCCCUCAUCACCGUGGUGAACCCGGUGCAGAAGCCGCCCAGGCGGUACGAGACGUUGAGUACCAGCACGCCGAACGAACUCGAAAUGAAAGCCACCUUGCUAGACAAUGGAUCUGUCAUUACUGGACCAAGUGUAGCGGAGUGCGACGAUCCGCUGCAGGAUCGCUCUCUCGAGUCCCUGGCUAACGUGCAGGCGCGCUCGCGCGAGACCAUCGACGCCGAGUGCCUCGGGAGGGGGGGCGGCGGCGUGGCCGGCGUCCCUCUGGGCGCGGCCGGCGGCGGGGGCGUGGCCAACCUGCCGCCCGACCUGCUGUCGUUCCCGUCGCGCGGCAGCCAGGUGUCGCCGGCCGAUGCGUCGGCGUCCACCCACCCGGACACGCUCGCGCCUGCGCCGCACGCAGGCCCGCCGUCGCCCGUGCCGCAGCCGCUCUACACCGACGGCCGCCGCUCCCGCACUGCUUCCGGCAGCUGCCUACUCCGCUCGCAAGUCGCUCCUUCUCGCCUGCGGCUCACCGGGCAAGCCGUGGUGCUACCCGCAGGGCUAACGUCACCAUCCCGCGCCGGCCGCGCGGUGCCCAGCUGGAGCAGCCGCCCGCGCCCGCUUGCC